GAGCCGAGAGGACGGUAACAUCUGCUAAAACUGACAAAUACAAAAUAUGACAGUUUAAAGAGGAUAACACCGUCAGAUCUGUGUGAGAGAACAGCUCAGAUUAUCCUGUUUAUUAAUGCUACAAAUAAACGUCUGCUGGAAGAGAGUAGGUGAGUUGUGUUUAGUCUCUUUGUUAAAGAAAUGAGUCAAAGUUACAAAGAUGUUUGGUGUCUAGUACUAUGGCUGUGACCCUAAAUGUACUAACCUCAGUAGAACAUGGUGUAGUUCCGUUCAGUAACAGAACCUCAUUGGAAAAUUAGCUGAUUUAACUUUACUGUGCUCUUGUUCAAAUAUAUUAACUCGACAGCACAUAAAUCCAUACCUGUUAACAAAAUCAUGAUUUUAUUGAUAAUUCGGCUCAAUAAAAACACCUUUACCUUUUCAUUUUACUACAGUAGAAGUUUAUUGGCCCAGUUUAUAGACUACAGAAGUGGAGAAACGCCCCCGCUUAAGUUCAUGUUUUCUGAAUAUAGUACUAUGUCUGUGACCCUAUAUGUCCUGUUGAUGAAGUUAGGUGCUGUUCUGAGCAUUAUUUGUGGCUAUAGAGUGGCGUUUUGGUUGGGGGCGUGGCUCUCUGUAUUUCUAUCCUGCAGUCGUUACUAAAGUUGGUAUAACUAGAGAAGAAAGCGGUCGACAACAUUCAUCUCUGGAGGGGGGGUCUAACUCGGUGUUACGGUGGGUUUGACCCUAAAUUAAUUUUACAUCAGAAUAUCCCUUUAAAUUCCACACACACACACACACACACACACACACACACACACAGUUGUUUUUAACUGAAUGUUGAGCAGGACUUUGUUGUUUUUUCUGAGGAGUCUUUAAACCAAACUUUGAAGGUGAAAAUACAGGAAGUGAUGAUGGAGCGAUACUCCUCUUCCUCUCUCUCUCUCUCUCUCUCUCUCUCUCUCUCUCUCUCUCUCUCUCUCUCUCUCUCUCUCUCUCUCUCUCUCUCUCUCUCUCUCUCUGUCCCCUCUGCAUUGUGAAUCAGCAUCUUUUCGCCGUAUCUCUGUAUCUGCAGCUUGGCCACCAGCCGAGCGUCAGAGAGUCAGACAGAAGAGGAGGAAGAGAGGGAUGGAGAGGAGGAGGACGGGUGGUCAGGGGCGUCAGGAGGCAGACAUGAGCGGAGGGAGUGAGUGAUGAGGAGAGGAGGGCGAGAAAGAGGAGGAAGAGAAAAAAGGAGGAAAGACAGACAGAUAGAGAGAGAGAGAGAGAGAGGAGGUAGAAUUGAAAGAGAAGAAGAAGAGUCUGGAGGACUUCUCUGCACCAUGAGAUGAUGAUGAUGAUGAUGAUGAAGCAGGAAAACAGGAAGCAAUGAUGGGUCUGGUUUCGCUGUUGGCUCAUGUGACCAUGAUGUCACUGAGGCCCCGCCCUCUCUCUCCUUGUGACAUUAAGCAGAGCUCCAAGGCCGUGUCGGAGACGCCCGCCAUAGCAACCGUAUCCGAGGACGAUGAUGAGGAUGAAGCCGAGCCCCCGCCGGUGAUCGCCCCCCGACCAGAGCACACCAAAUCAGUAAGAACACACUUUCUUUCUGUUCUUAUGGAGACACACACACACACACACACACACACACACACACACACACACACACACACACACACACAGAGCAGGUCUGAAGAGACUCAGGUGGUUCUGAAGUUCAGGUAGAAAUCUGAUUAAUCCUUUAAUGGUCCGAUCUGCUGCAGUAACUCUCUAAUGAGACCACGAGAACCUGUGUGUGUGUGUGUGUGUGUGUGUGUGUGUGUGUGUGUGUGUGUGUGUGUGUGUGUGUGUGUGUGUGUGUGUGUGUGUGUGUGUGUGUGUGUCACAAGGUUCUUAAUUUAGGUCCAGGUUUAUAAAGAGUCUCUCUGUUCUCUGCAGGGUGAACUCGGGGUUAGAGAGAAAAACUGAGACCUGAAUGUUUUUAAAGGUUCCUGCUGUGAUUUUAAUCCUGAUGUUAAAGAAACUUCUUCAUCAGAAACGAUCACAAACUCGUUUUACUGAAUUUACUUCAAAUUUAUUUUAGGGCCUGACCGAUGUGGAUUUUUGAGGCUGAUACCGAUUAUUAGGAGGGAAAAAAAUCUGAUUACCGAUUAAUCGGCCGAUUUAAAAUUUUUUAUGAAGUUAUAAAAAUAUCUAUUCUGUAGACUGAUGCUCUUCACACGGACAGGAAGACCGACUGAUCAAACUCAGACCGGAAAAGCCCGGCGAGUUUUGAUCGAUUACCGAUUAGUCUCAAACGGGCCAAAAUUGGUCGAUUUAAUCGUCUCGCCGAUAAAUCGGUCAGGUCCGACUUUAUUUUAAAACUUUAAAGAAGGAAGGGUGAGGUUAAUUCAAACCUGCUGAACUUUCUUACUUUGUAAAGAUUCAUGGAGCAGCAGGUAAUUGGACGGUUCUGUCCCUUUAAGAGCAGGAUGGAAAUCAAAGCAGACGCCAUGAUUAAUUAUUAUUGAUUAUUAUUAUUAUUUAUUAAACGAAUCAUCAAUUAGUUUUUUAAGGAUCGCUGUUUGAAAAUCGGAUUUCAGGGUCUGAAAGUUUUCAGUGAGAAAAAAAAGAAGAGUUUAUUUCCAAACCCACACACACACACACGCACACACACACACACACAUUGUUGCUCCACGGUCAGACAGGAUGGCGGUUGAGAGGCUGCCUCCAUGGCGCCAUUCCAGUUUCCAGGGUGAUGAGUUUAGAGUAUUCACCUGACUGGACAUGCACACACACACACUCACACACACUCACACACACACACACACACUCCCACACACACACACACACACAUACACACACACACACACACACACUCACACACACAUACACACUCACAUACACACUCACACACACACACACACUCCCACACACACUCACACACACACACACACACUCACACACACUCACACACACACACACACUCACACACACACUGACACACACACUCACACACACUCACACUCACACACACACUCUGGUGUCUCUGUUGUGAAUUAAACUGUUGACUCUGAUUUUAAACGUUGUCGUUGUUCGAGUCCGUUAACCUGCUGCACUGACUGUUUUAUUGAUUAUUGAUUAUUGAUUAUUGAUAAUUGAUCGUCUAACUUUAGAGGAACUUUUUAAAAUGAUUUUUAUAAACAGUUUGUUUCUUUGACUUCCUCAACAUCCAGACCAGCAGAGUCAUACUGAGGGCGCCGCGUUCGCUCGCUGAGAACUGAGCGUGAUGAGAAAACUGAUUCGCUCUCAUUUAUGAUGUCAUUUCCUGUCAGAUCUACACGCGCUCAGUGAUCGAGCCCCUCCCCCCUCCUCCUCCCACCAAAGAUGCCGCCACCUCUCCGAUCUCCGUGCCCACGACUGCCGCCGCCGCCGCUGUUACCCCCGCCCCGCCUGCAGAGGGCGCUCCCAGCAGCCCACCCAGCGCAAGCCCCGCCCCUGGACCCUCUGUGCCCCGCCCCCAGGACAAAACCAGGAAGAAGAAGAUGUCAGAUGAGGAGAUACUGGAGAAACUACGUAAGUCUUUUACACCUCCUUCCUUCCUUCCUUCCCUCCUUCCCUCCUUCCUUCCUGGUUAAAUUUGACUCCUCAUAUUAAAAGUCACUUCAUAGAGGAGCUCAGGUUUGAUUUGAGCUUCAGUGAAGACCACGUCAACGACCUCAGCUCUGUCUGACACCCUGCGGAUGGACCACAAGGCCGUCCUCAGGGUCCGUCACCCUUCAGACUCUGAACCAGGAGGUGAUCCGGGACACGAUCACGAUCCGGUCCCGAUCCUCUUUGAUCCAGAACUGCAGAGACUUUAAAUCUGUAAAGUUGGAGGUCUGUAACACCUGCAGGAGGACAAAAGCGUCGCACACGUGUGUCUCUAAAUUGUGAUUAGAUUCAAAAAUACCAGCAGGAAUAUUUUUCUGUUUAUUCUGUGAACCAGACACAAACACAGACACAAACACAGACACAAACACAAACACAGACACAAACACAGACACAAACACAAACACAGACACAGACACAAACACAGACACAAACACAGACACAAACACAAACACAGACACAGACACAAACACAGACACAAACACAGACACAAACACAGACACAGACACAAACACAGACACAAACACAGACACAAACACAAACACAGACACAAACACAGACACAAACACAAACACAGACACAAACACAAACACAGACACAAACACAAACACAGACACAAACACAGACACAGACACAAACACAAACACAGACACAAACACAAACACAAACACAGACACAAACACAAACACAGACACAAACACAGACACACACACAGACACAAACACAGACACAGACACACACACAGACACACACAGACACAAACACAGACACAAACACAGACACAGAAACAAACACAGACACAAACACAGACACAAACACAGACACAAACACAGACACAAACACAGACACAAACACAGACACAAACACAGACACAAACACAAACACAGACACAAACACAGACACAAACACAGACACAAACACAGACACAAAAACAAACACAGACACAAACACAAACACAGACACAAACACAGACACACACACAGACACACACACAGACACAAACAGAAACACAGACACAAACACAGACACACACACAGACACACACACAGACACAAACACAGACACACACACAGACACAAACACAGACACACACAGACACAAACACAGACACAAACACAGACACAGAAACAAACACAGACACAAACACAGACACAAACACAGACACAAACACAGACACACACACAGACACAAACACAGACACAAACACAGACACAGAAACAAACAGACACAAACACAGACACAAACACAAACACAGACACAAACACAGACACAGACACAAACACAGACACAAACACAGACACAAACACAGACACAAACACAGACACAAACACAGACACAGACACAAACACAGACACAGACACAAACACAGACACAAACACAGACACAAACACAAACACAGACACAAACACAGACACAAACACAAACACAGACACAAACACAGACACAGACACAAACACAGACACACACACAGACACAAACACAGACACAGACACACACACAGACACACACACAGACACAAACACAGACACAAACACAGACACAGAAACAAACACAGACACAAACAGAGACACAAACACAGACACAAACACAGACACACACACAGACACAAACACAGACACAAACACAGACACAAACACAAACACAGACACAAACACAAACACAGACAAACACAGACACAAACACAGACACAAACACAAACACAGACACAAACACAGACACACACACAGACACAAACACAGACACAAACAGAAACACAGACACAAACACAGACACAAACACAGACACACACACAGACACACACACAGACACAAACACAGACACACACACAGACACAAACACAGACACACACACAGACACAAACACAGACACAAACACAGACACAGAAACAAACACAGACACAAACACAGACACAAACACAGACACAAACACAGACACACACACAGACACAGACACAAACACAGACACAAACACAGACACAGACACAAACAGACACAAACACAGACACAAACACAGACACAAACACAGACACAGACACAAACACAGACACAAACACAGACACACACACAGACACAAACACAGACACAAACACAGACACAGACACAGACACAAACACAAACACAGACACAGACACAAACACAAACACAGACACAAACACAGACACACACACAGACACAAACACAGACACAGACUCGCUCAGAUAAAUGAACAUAAGUUGGCGUGAAGAACGCCAAACGAAGAAAAAACAACAAAACUAAAAAACUGGACGUUACUUGAGUGAAAAGAAACUAGAAACUGUUGAAUAAACACACCAUGAAAACUAAAGUACACAUAUAAUCAAUAAAUGAUGGAGAAAUCAAUAAUCAGCCAACAGACACCGACCUCUGCUCCAGGGAUGAUCACAGAAAAGGAGAGAAGUGAGGAGGUGACCUCAAAGAAACCAACGAAGAAGAAAAGGACAGGAAGAGGGAGGCUGCACAGAAACAUAAUUUUAGUGAUUAUAAAGAAAAAUAAUCUGUGAAUGAAACUCUGUCACACACUGCAUCAUGGGAAAUGUAUUUCAGAUUCUGUUGUGUCUCACCAGGAGGUUAGACGUCUGAAAAGUCUGAAAAAAAGGUUAAAUUUAGGAGAUUUCAUCAGAAUCUGAGGAAUCAAAGAUGAAACUCUCGAACUGUUCGACUCUCCUCCGAUGGUUUUAAAGUUUUAACGUGUUUUCCAUCGAACAUUUCUCACUGAAGUUUCAGAUUUUUCUCUUUCUGAGAAGAUCGAACAAACUCCUCUGAACCGCGUCUCUGAACCGAUCUUUCUCUCCCCGGAGGAUCGGCAGUUUUCUGGAGUUCAUGGAGUCCGUUUAGUCUCCGAGCGCUAAUUUUAGUCUCAUUUACACUCGGCUGUUCGACAGCCUGUUUCAUCACCUCCUCUCUUUAUGCACACUCACAGUUUCUCUCGCUCACGCUGCAGGAUGUGGAUUUAUUUUGGGCUCAGCUGGGCCGAACGCGUUUCAGAAACAGUUUCUUCUCUUUAAAAAACAGCUUUAGUGUUUUUACUCUGCAGAGUUCAGACAUGACGAGAAGAAACAGGAGGAAUCAUGAAAACAAUGAAACCUGAACGUGGUUUGAUUAUCCCACCCUUUCCCUCAUCAUGUGGUUUUAUAAUUAAUUAAAAAAGUCUAAUAUUCAUGCAGAAGUAAAGGUGAUUAACUCAGAGGACCUGAGGAUCGUUAAACGUGUUCAGGAGGAAAUAAGAGUCCAGUUUUGGUGGAUCAGGAUCACAUUCAGACUCAGUUUUCAUGGUGGACACACGUCGAGUCUGAUGGAUCUAACACGCCCCCUAAAAUAAAGAGACAUGAACUGAAGCGGGAUUUAUCUGAAGACUCUCUUAUGUAAGCGCUCUGUCUCUCUGUGGCGUUAAAAUCUUGAUUCUAUCUCCGUCAUGUGGGACCCUGUUGGUCCAUGACUUCAUCUGUUCUGUCGUGUUUGGAUCAAACUGCCUCAGAGUGAAGACCAAACAGGAAGAUUUCUCCUGAAAUUAAACUCAAUUAUCAAAGUAUUUGACUCCUCAGGAAGCCCCUCCCCCCCGUGGUCCUCGGAGGUCCGUCAGCCUAAAUCCCUCUGAGGGUCGUUCAGUCAUUUCGCCUGUGGUCCUCGGAGGUCCGAGACGAUCUUCAUGUUUUUAAAGUUUCAUCGAUUUAACGCUCAAGUCUCAGAGAACUGACGGUCCUCUGUGUUAUUAAAAAAGACUGAUGUCUUUAGGAGCCAACGUCAAAACGCCUGAAACCUGCAGUUCUACUCAUGGCCAGCAGGGGGAAAAACCUCAGAGGAUCCAGUUAAAAUGAUCGUCCCAGCAGACGAGUCCACGUCUGAAUCUGAUCCGGUUAAAUUUAUCGAUUUAGAGAAAAGAGUCAGGAGAGAAAUAAACCGUCUGUUGUUCUGAAGUUAACGAAUCAUCAGGAUUAAUUUUAGAGUCACAUGACCCCGACAGCGCCGUCCUGAUGUGUCCCUCUCUGACUGAACUGUGUCCUGAUGUGUGUGUGAUCAAUAAUCCUAACCUGUGGGUGAAUUAAAGCCUGUAUAUAUUUUUUAAACCAUGCCCCACGACUGUCCAGAUGUGCUCAGAUCUCCCUCUGCUGGUAAGACCAGGAUACUGCCUGUCUGUCUCUCUGAUUGACAGACCUGAUAUCCACUGUCCCCGCCCCUUUGCUCUCCAAUCCUCACGUCUGAUUCGUCUCUCUCUCUCUCUCUCUCUCUCUCUGUUUUUCUUCUCCUUCUUGUUUUUCGUUUUUGUUUUUUCUUUUACUUUUCCAUCUUCUCGUUGUUCUGGAGCUCUUCAGUUUCUUCUUCUCCUCCUCUGUUUCUUCUCUCCGUCUCCUCCUCUUCUUCUCUCUCUCCCAGUCCGCAUGCUGCAUUGACCUGAGUGUGAUGAAUACCGUAGAGUAGAAGCUGAAUGAAUAGAGACAAACUUCUCUAUCCAUUCAGAUCCAGUGAUGCUGAACUCUCAGACUUAGAUGUCGUAUAAAAACUCAUUUCUUCUGUUUAUAUUUGAUCAAGUUUUGAUGGUCCAGAUGUUUGGAGGAGCCGAGGGUCCUCCUGGAGAUCCAUGGACGUCUCUCUGUUUUGUUCUGGGACUCAGUUCUGGUCUUUCUCUCCUCUGUCUCAGGGACGAUCGUAAGUGUCGGAGACCCCAAGAAGAAAUACACUCGCUUUGAGAAGAUCGGACAGGGGUGAGUCUGGACCUGCUGUGGCUGAGUCCACGUGUGUGUUUCUGACAAACUCAGAGUAUGAUCCACGGUUUUCAGCCUGUUUCAUAUCUUCUUCUUCUUCUUCUUCUUCUUCUUCUUGGUCUAAUAUUUACUAAAACGUCUCUGUACAUGAAGUUUAUUUACUCUGAAACAUGACGGUGUGACGUGGCGCCCUCUGUUGGAGAGAAAAGGCUGAAUUAAAGUUGAACUAAAUCAAAAAUCUGCUUUAUUUCCGGGUCAUUAUCGUCUGAUUGAAACUCACUUCUGAAUGUUGUUUUCAUGUCUAACAGGUCUGCUCUGAUUGGUGUUCACUCUAACCUUUCCUGUCUGACCUUCAGUCACCUGGACGAUCGUUUUACUGUCGUCUCUUUAACUUUAAUCACUUUGUGGUUUUUUUAGGGCAUCUGGGACCGUUUACACGGCGAUCGACAUCGCGACAGGACAAGAGGUGAGUAUCCUGGUUUAUCGUGCGAAUUUAUCGUGUUUUCAGUUCAAGUACCAAAUUUCCUCUCUGACCUCCUCGUCCCUCUUUCCUCUCAGGUCGCCAUCAAACAGAUGAACCUGCAGCAGCAGCCGAAGAAGGAGCUGAUCAUCAACGAGAUCCUGGUGAUGAGGGAAAACAAGAACCCCAACAUCGUCAACUACCUGGACAGGUACAACACGCACACACGCACACAGACACGCACGCACGUCUUUUUAAUAUUUUAUACAACAACAAACAUAUCAAUGAAAGUGAAGACAUAUUUAACCAGAUGAAGCUGCAGGAGCGUAGGAGCUUCUUCGAGGAGUCGAGGUUCAGGAUCUUUGAAACUUGAGUUUCUACCUGAUGGUCCAAAAACCUUCAGAGGAAGUAGGAAGAGCUUCUUUUAAAGAGGGUCUGUGGUUCUGAGCGUGACCCUCCUCAGUAUCUCCUCCUGUUCAUGUCUCAUUGAAAAACAAAGUAAGACAAACUCUGAGAUGACUGUUGGAGGACGUAACACGGCAGCAGCAUCAUUUCAGCUCCACACUGACUCCUCUGAGGAGAAUCACCUCCUUCCUCAGAAACUAAACAUCAAUAUAUCAGAGAGAAUUCAUCGAUGAGUAAAGACAGAAACAGGAUUAUCUAACAAACAGAUGAUUCCUACAUAUCCUCCUGCCAACCCGCCUUCAAAACUCCAGGAUUAUUUUUAUCUUCUCUGGAUCCUCCGUCAGCUGAGAUCCUUCAGUUUUCUAAAAACCUGCAGCAGGUGAAGAAGAGCUGAGGAGUUCAAACCUGGAAACCUUAAAAACAGCUCCGCUCUGUGAAAACAUCACCGAGGAGACGCCUCUGAAGACCGAGACACGAGGAGGAGAGGCUGUACGGUCCAGCUGUCGCCAUGACAACCACCUAAACAUGCAGGAGGAGGGGGGUCUGGUUACCGUGGUUACCCAUUAGUCUUGGGAGACAUUGAGGGGGGGCAUACAUGAUGGAGGAUAAUACUGUUGUCGCCGUGGAAACAACAUUUCAACCGUCAGUGAUUAACGUGUGUGUGUGUGUGUGUGUGUGUGUUUAUUUGUGUGUGUGUGUGUGUGUGUGUGUGUGUGUGUGUGUGUGUGUGUGUGUGUGUUUGUUGUGACUGUAAAUCUUGGUUCCCACUCACACUCCUGUAACGAUGUGUUUCUCCUGCAGUUACCUGGUGGGUGACGAGCUGUGGGUGGUGAUGGAGUACCUGGCUGGAGGUUCGUUGACUGACGUGGUCACAGAGACCUGCAUGGAUGAAGCUCAGAUCGCUGCCGUGUGCAGAGAGGUGAGGAACACCAGGAGCUGAGAUCUCAAACUCCUCUAAUGAAGAUCUGAAGAUCUGUCCAAACAUGAAGAUCUGUCCUAACAUGAAGAUCUGUCCUAAGAUCUGUCCUAACAUGAAGAUCUGUCCUAACAUGAAGAUCUGUCCUAACAUGAAGAUCUGUCCUAACGUGAAGAUCUGUCCUAACAUGAAGAUCUGUCCUAAGAUCUGUCCUAACAUGAAGAUCUGUCCUAACGUGAAAUCUGUCCUAACAUGAAGAUCUGUCCUUACAUGAAGAUCUGUCCUAAGAUCUGUCCUAACGUGAAGAUCUGUCCAAACAUGAAGAUCUGUCCUAAGAUCUGUCCUAACGUAAAGAUCUGUCCUAACAUGAAGAUCUGUCCUAACAUGAAGAUCUGUCCUAACAUGAAGAUCUGUCCUAACGUGAAGAUCUGUCCAAACAUGAAGAUCUGUCCUAAGAUCUGUCCUAACGUAAAGAUCUGUCCUAACAUGAAGAUCUGUCCUAACGUGAAGAUCUGUCCUAACAUGAAGAUCUGUCCUAACAUGAAGAUCUGUCCUAACAUGAAGAUCUGUCCUAAGAUCUGUCCAAACAUGAAGAUCUGUCCUAACAUGAAGAUCUGUCCUAACGUGAAGAUCUGUCCUAACAUGAAGAUCUGUCCUAAGAUCUGUCCUAACAUGAAGAUCUGUCCUUACAUGAAGAUCUGUCCUAAGAUCUGUCCAAACAUGAAGAUCUGUCCUAACAUGAAGAUCUGUCCUAACGUGAAGAUCUGUCCUAAGAUCUGUCCUAACGUGAAGAUCUGUCCUAAGAUCUGUCCUAACGUGAAGAUCUGUCCAAACAUGAAGAUCUGUCCUAAGAUCUGUCCUAACGUAAAGAUCUGUCCUAACAUGAAGAUCUGUCCUAACAUGAAGAUCUGUCCUAACAUGAAGAUCUGUCCUUACAUGAAGAUCUGUCCUAACAUGAAGAUCUGUCCUAACGUGAAGAUCUGUCCAAACAUGAAGAUCUGUCCUAAGAUCUGUCCUAACGUAAAGAUCUGUCCUAACAUGAAGAUCUGUCCUAACGUGAAGAUCUGUCCAAACAUGAAGAUCUGUCCUAACAUGAAGAUCUGUCCUAACAUGAAGAUCUGUCCUUACAUGAAGAUCUGUCCUAAGAUCUGUCCAAACAUGAAGAUCUGUCCUAACAUGAAGAUCUGUCCUAACGUGAAGAUCUGUCCUAACGUGAAGAUCUGUCCUAAGAUCUAUCCUAACAUGAAGAUCUGUCCUUACAUGAAGAUCUGUCCUAAGAUCUGUCCAAACAUGAAGAUCUGUCCUAACAUGAAGAUCUGUCCUAACGUGAAGAUCUGUCCUAACGUGAAGAUCUGUCCUAAGAUCUGUCCUAACGUGAAGAUCUGUCCUAACGUGAAGAUCUGUCCUAACAUGAAGAUCUGUCCUAAGAUCUGUCCAAACAUGAAGAUCUGUCCUAACGUGAAGAUCUGUCCAAACAUGAAGAUCUGUCCUAACAUGAAGAUCUGUCCUAAGAUCUGUCCUAACGUGAAGAUCUGUCCUAAGAUCUGUCCUAACAUGAAGAUCUGUCCUAACAUGAAGAUCUGUCCUAACGUGAAGAUCUGUCCUAAGAUCUGUCCUAACAUGAAGAUCUGUCCUAACGUGAAGAUCUGUCCUAACAUGAAGAUCUGUCCUAACGUGAUCCUCCUGUCUCUCCUGUGUCUGCAGUGUCUCCAGGCGCUGGAGUUUCUCCACUCCAACCAGGUCAUCCAUCGAGACAUCAAGAGUGACAACAUCCUGCUGGGCAUGGACGGCUCCGUCAAACUCAGUCAGUCCAACUCUCACCCUCUCACCCUCUCACCCUCUCACUCUCUCACCCUCUCACUCUCUCACCCUCUCACCCUCUCACUCUCUGUCUGAUGCUGUACUGGGGCUCCCUGCUCUCAGCUGAGGUCUGUUGUUGUAGUGUCUCAGACCUGCCAGCAGGAGGAGCUCUGAGUCUUUGUUGGAGGCUCAGCAGAGAGGAUCGACUCCGACCUGUUUGUGUUUGAGAUAAAACUGUCUUAAAUUUUAAACUUGAUCUGAAGACAGACCUGCAGCUGGAGUCUGUCAGAUAUCUCUGAACCGUUCUGAUCGGACCUGUUUUCAGGUUGGACUUGUAGAUCAGACUCAGUGAAAUAAUCAUGUCGUCCUCUCCUCUCCUCCUCUCAGCUGACUUUGGGUUCUGCGCCCAGAUCACACCAGAGCAGAGUAAACGCAGCACCAUGGUCGGGACUCCAUACUGGAUGGCCCCAGAGGUCGUGACCCGUAAAGCCUACGGACCCAAAGUGGACAUCUGGUCUCUGGGCAUCAUGGCCAUCGAGAUGGUGGAGGGAGAGCCGCCGUACCUGAAUGAGAACCCACUCAGGGUGAGACUCUGUUACUGAAACAUUAUGAUAAUAUACAUAUGGACAUAUAUGUUAUAACAUUAUAAAAAAAUAUAAAUAUUGUAAAAUUGUAAAAAUAUACAUAUAUAAAUAUGAUAACAUUAUAAAAAAAAUAUAUAAAUAUGAUAACAUUAUAAAAAUAUAUAUAAAUAUGAUAACAUUAUAAAAAAAUAUAUAAAUAUGAUAACAUUAUAAAAAUAUAUAUAUAAAUAUAAUAUCAUAAAAAAUACAUAUAGACAUAUUUAUUAUAACAUUAUGAAAAUAAAAAUAUAAAUAUGAUAACAUUAUAAAAUAUAUAUAUGGAUAUUAUAACAAAUACAUUUAUAUUUAUAAACAUAAGAGUAAAAAAAUUACAUAUAUAAAUAUAAUAACAUAAAAAUAUACACACAUAUAUAUUAUAAUAUAAAAAUUAUAUGUAUAUAUAAAUAAAUAUUAUAACAUUUUAAAGAUAUAUCAAAAAAUUAUAACAUAAAAUAUACAUUUAUAAAUAUAACAUUAUAAGAAUAUAAAUAUAUAUAUUUUUAAAAAUCAUAAAAUAUCCAUAUAUAAGUAUUAUAACAUAAAUUUGUAGGAUUAAAACUCCGACAACAAAAGACAGGAUCAGAAAUCAGUCAAACGGAUCUAAAGAUCUCAAACCUCACAGAUGUUUUCUUCACCUGUGAACACCUGGAUGAUGUCACAGAUAUCACAGAGUUUUAGUUACUAAUCAGGACUGAAGAUUAGGAGCUGUCUCAGUAUCUCUUCAUAUCACCACUAGAUGGCAGCAAUCAAUAACCAAAGGAUCAAUAAUCCUUUCAGCCUGUGCUAAACUAAAGAAAGUGCCUCGUGGGUUAUUGGCUCAUUCAUUCAUCGUGUGUUUUGCGUAGGCGCUGUAUCUCAUAGCGACAAACGGGACGCCGGAGCUGCAGAACCCCGAGAAACUGUCGACGACCUUCAGAGACUUCCUGAACAGAUGUUUGGAGAUGGACGUGGAGAAGAGAGGGUCGGCCAAAGAGCUGCUGCAGGUACAGCAGAGUGUGUGUGUGUGUGUGUGUGUGUGUGUGUGUGUGUGUGUGUGUGUGUGUGUGUGUGUGUAAGUCAAAUUAAGCCGCAGGCUCCACUCCUGGUGGUGCCCUUCCGUCAAUUCCUUUAAGUUUCAGCUUUGCAACCAUACUCCCCCCGGAACCCAAAGACUUUGGUUUCCCGGACGCUGCCCGGCGGGUCAUGGGAAUAACGCCGCUGUUUUUAUCAUGAACACAAACUUCUGUCAGUCGAUUCCUGCUGAGAAACUGAAGCUCAUGUUGUUCACCAGCUCAGAGUCUGACUCACAGUCUGGACCUGUGUGUGUGUGUGUGUGUGUGUGUGUGUGUGUGUGUGUGUGUGUGUGUGUGUGUGUGUUCACACUCACCUGCUGCUCUGGAUGAUGACUCACUUUCACAUUUUCAACAAACUAAAAAAAACUGAGUUUUUAUUUUCCAAAUUAAAUGUUGAAGAAAACCUCCUCACAGUCGCCGCUGCCGCCUUCGCCCCCGUCCAGGACUUCUGUGAUCUCUCGUAUAAACACGUCUCUGUUCGAUAUCAUCAUCUGAUCGAUACAGAUCAAUAUAAUGAUAACACUUUGUUUAUACAGACCUUUAAUAUAAGUCCAGGUGGGCCAUGACCAACAGUAAAACUCUCAUUAUAAGGCGGCUCCUGACCUGCUGAGUUUUAAUCCCAGAAAAGGAUUCAGUCCAUAAAGCUCGUACAGACAUUGGUGAAAGGGAUUAUGGGUAUUUUGCGGCCUCAGCCUGACGUCAGCAGAAUAAACGAGGAGAAAUGCAUCAUCAGCUCAUUUUUAAGUCCUGCUGCUGGUCCAGAGCUCAGAGUUCGAACCCGACACGGUGAAGCAGCAUUUAGCUGUUUAUGCUGCUUCGAUAGACUGUUUCUAGAAUGAGCGCCGUCUGCCUCUGUGAGAACAGCGCCCUCUGGUGACAGGCUGCGGUAUAGAUUAUUAUCAGGGGGUUCAUGUUUUCUAUGAUUGACACCUGAUACAGCCAAUGGGAGGACAGAGAUUGAGUAGAUCACCGGGGGAUACGCUGUUUGACCCGAGCGUCAUCACAGAGACUCUCCCGCUGAAUGUGAACAACGUUACUGAACAAUGUCGGUUUCAGGAAAUGAAGAAAAAUCGCAGAAUUAGUGAGAACUUUUCGGCUUCAAAUCUGUAAACAGGAGGAAGGAGGAACCGAGUUUUCCAGAGUAAAAACAGUCUGUGGUUACUUCACACGACUGAAACAAACGACCAGCAGAAGUGAAAUCAGAAUAAAUCCAGGUUAAAAACAUUUCUCUGUUCAUGUGCUCAAAGCUGAGCUCCUAUAAUCGUUUUAAACUUUAUCUUCUGCUCCUGAUUUUAACUGUUUCUGUUGUUUUUAUGUAAACCACGCUGAGUUUCCUCAGUAUGAAGUGCGCUGUGUAAAUAAAGAUGUCUAAAAGUCUGAGGACAUGAAGCUCUGUGGAGGUCUGUUCGUUGGUCUACUGGUGUGUUUUGGUUCACAUGGUCGUGGUUGGUGCUGAGAGGCGGAGCCUCUGAAGUGUGAGUCACUGCAUUAGACAGAAGAGUACGGUGGUGAGGGUCCGGCACAGAUGUUUUAAAGAGGGUCUUUUUUUCAUGUUUAAUUGUAAUUAACUCGGUAUUUCUCUGUUUUUAUGAAAUGAUGAACUGACAUUUUCUCUCCUCUCCUCCUCUCUCCUCUCUCCUCUCCUCUCCUCCUCUCCUCCUCUCCUGUCUCUCUCUCUUCUCUCCUCCUCUCUCCUCCUCUCCUCUCUCUCUCUCUCUCCUGUCUCUCUCUCUCUCUCCUCUCCUGUCUCUCUCUCUCUCUCCUCUCCUCCUCUCCUCCUCUCUCUCUCUCUCUCUCUCUCUCUCUCCUCUCCUGUCUUCUCUCUCCUCUCCUCUCCUCCUCUCUCCUCUCCUGUCUCUCUCCUCUCCUCCUCUCCUCCUCUCUCUCUCUCCUCUCCUCCUCUCUCCUCUCCUCCUCUCCUCCUCUCUCCUGUCUCUCUCCUCUCCUCCUCUCUCCUCUCCUCCUCUCUCUCUCUCCUCUCCUCCUCUCCUCCUCUCCUCCUCUCUCCUCUCCUCCUCUCUCCUCUCCUCUCCUCCUCUCUCUCCUCUCCUCCUCUCUCUCCUCUCCUCCUCUCCUGUCUCUCUCUCUCCUCUCUCUCCUCUCCUCCUCUCUCUCUCUCCUCUCCUCUCCUGUCUCUCUCUCUCCUCUCCUCCUCUCUCCUCUCCUCCUCUCUCCUCCUCUCUCCUCUCUCUCUCUCCUCUCCUCCUCUCUCCUCUUCGUUCCUCUCCUCCUCUCUCUCUCUCCCCUAUCCUCCUCUCCUCCUCUCUCCUCUCCUCCUCUCCUGUCUCUCUCUCUCCUCUCCUGUCUCUCUCUCUCUCUCUCUCCUCCUCUCUCCUCUCCUCUCCUCUCCUCUCUCUCUCUCUCUCUCUCCUCUCUCUCUCUCUCUCUCUCUCUCCUCCUCUCUCUCUCCUUCUCUCUCUCUCUGUCUCUCUCCUCUCCUCCUCUCUCCUCUCCUGUCUCUCUCCUCUCCUCCUCUCCUCCUCUCCUCUCUCUCUCCUCUCCUCCUCUCCUCCUCUCUCUCUCUCCUCUCCUCCUCUCUCUCUCCGUUCUCAGCAUCAGUUCCUGAAGAUGGCGAAGCCUCUCUCCAGUCUGACCCCUCUCAUUGUGGCGGCCAAGGAGGCUGCCAAGAACAACCGUUAG